UUCACUCAUAAGAAAAUAACACACAAUACGAGCGUCCACAAACAUACACACAUUCAACAAAGGAAGGAGAUGGCAUCAACUGCAUGUUUCCUCCACCAUCAUGCACCGUCCACACCCUCUAGAGCCCCAUCCCAACGCCACGUGUCAAACAUCAAGCCCUUCCAGGUAGUAUGCAAGGCCCAGAAGCAGGUGGGCCAUGAUGAGGAAAGCAACGGUGCUGUAUCGCGUCGGUUGGCCCUUACGGUUUUGAUUGGGGCUGCAGCCAUCGGCACCAAGGUCUCACCUGCCGAUGCUGCCUACGGCGAAGCUGCUAAUGUUUUCGGGAAGCCAAAGACGAACACGGACUUCUCGCCAUAUGAUGGCGAUGGUUUCAAGAUACUGAUACCGGCGAAAUGGAACCCGAGCAAAGAGGUAGAGUUCCCAGGGCAGGUGUUGCGAUACGAAGACAACUUCGACACCACCACCUACGUAUCGGUCAUGAUCACUCCUGCAGCUAAGAAAACAAUCACCGAAUACGGAUCGCCGGAGGAAUUUCUCUCUCAAGUGAGCUAUUUGCUUGGGAAGCAAUCCUACUCUGGCAAAACUCAGUCUGAGGGUGGUUUCGACACGGACGCCGUUGCAGUUGCUAACAUAUUAGAAACAUCGGCACCGGUCAUCGGAGGGAAACAAUACUACUUCAUCUCUGUCUUGACGAGGACGGCCGACGGAACCGAGGGCGGCAGGCAUCAGCUGAUAACGGCCACGGUCUCCGACGGAAAGCUCUACAUUUGCAAGGCACAAGCUGGGGACAAGAGAUGGUUCAAGGGAGCUAGGAAGUUUGUGGAGAGUGCUGCAAGUUCCUUCAAUGUAGCUUAAAUGAAAAUUAGAGAAUGUGGGUGUGAUUUGUGUUGAUGUAAAUGAGCAAAUCCCAUUUGGAAUUGGAGUUUUAGGGAAAGCAAGGAAUCAUGGAGUUUGUGGAUUUUGAAUUGGCAA